AUGGCGGGGCGAGGGGCAGGCGCAGGAGCGGGAGCAAGGGGGACAGGGGGGACAGGGGGGGCGGCGGGGAUGGGGGGAACGGGGGGAACGGGGGGAGCGGGCAUUAACAUAGCGGCGGCGACGGCGGCAGUGGAGGUGGAUAACAACCUGCCCGUCACGCGCUACUUCCGCCUCGCACACAACCUCAAACGCGCGGUCUGUCGCUCGCCCCCUCGCUUCUUGCAAUCCCCUCCCCUCCCAUCCCCUUCCGCUCGUCCUCGUCUCUACUUCCCCUUCCCCUCUUCUGCCUUUUUUUCCCCUCUCCUUCUUCCCCUUUUCCCUUCUCAUCCCCCUUCUCCUCUCCCCGCUUAUCCACGCCUCUUUUCCUUCCUCUCAACCCGCUUCCGUUUCGUUAACUCACCUGCUGGCUGCUCUGUUCUCCCCCGUCCUCUUCUGCUUCCUUGUCGCCCCUGCUUUCCGUAUUCUUCUCUCCUCUCCGUCUCGCCUCCACACGCGUCGUGGCCUCACUCCGCUCUCCCGCCCUUUCUUGCUCUCUCCUGCCCUCCUCUGCCCUCUCCUGCCCUCCCCUGCCCUCUCCUGACCUCUCCUGCCCUCUCCUGCCCUCUCCUGCCCUCUCCUGCCCUCUCCUGCCCUCUCCUGCCCUCUCCUGCCCUCGCCUGCACCAUCGAGCCCUGUGUGUGCCUGUGCACCGGCCACCCCCAGGCAGACGUGUAUCGCUGCGAGGGAAACACGGUGCAGCUCUAUGUCUUCCUCCUGCGAUUCGUCAGCAUGGUGCUGUCAACCAUGCCGCAGCAUCGCGACGCCAGGGCGUCCCAGCAUGCCAAAGAGAUUGCCACGCUCAACAAGGUCGCCCUGCUGCUCUCCUCUCCUCUCCUCUCCCCUUUGCUGCUCUCCUACUCCCUUCCUCUUCCUCUUCCUUUUCUUACAUGCGCUCCUGUCUCCACCACUCGUGUUUCCUACUCUGCUGUGCCACCUCUCUCCCAUCUUCUCUCGUCAACUAUCCUCCCCUCUCCCCGGUCCCAACCCUCCCCCCCCCCCCUCCCCCCCCUCUCUCAAUCCCCUUUCUAUCCCCUCUUGUCUCCCCCCUCUUUCCCCCUCCCCUUCCUUCGUGCCCCCCUGUCCCUCGGGCAGCAAGCGAUGGCAGCACUGGUGGAGUGCGAGCAGCUGAAGCCACAGGUGUCACGCCUGCUGCACGCGGGCAGGGGCGGCCAAGACGACGACGACGACGCACAGUCCGACGCGGACAGGGACGCGGCUGUGCGCGCAGCAGCGGAGGAGGGCGCUGUGCCUGUCUACUACCCCGCCUCGUCUUCCACGGGCCUGCCCUCUGCUGCUCCGUCCCAAGCAGCCGUGGCAGCAGCCGCCACGGCUGACUUGUUUGCUGGAGCGUGGUGGACUGGCGGGGGAGCAGCAGCAGGAGCAGGAGUAGCGGCAGCAGCAGUGGACCCCAUGGAGGCGUGGAGCCAGUCCGUGGGCCUGUCUGCAUCGGAGCAGCAGCGCCUGCUCACAGCCCCCACCCCCUCCGCACCCCCCCUGGACCUGGACCUGCUCUCUGGUGUCUCCUCGCUCUCUCUCGCCCCUCAACGCUCCACCUACUCCCCCGUUCCUUAUUCCGCCGCUCCUUAUUCCCCUGCUACUUAUUCUCCCGCUCCUUAUUCCGCCGCUUCCUCCGCCACUCAGCAUGGCAGCCAGCAGCACUACAGUCUACCAGCGCCUCGCACAGAGACCCUCUCACGCCACUCCCUCGUCUCCAUGCCCGCACCCCAUGUGCCCUCGCACCUGCCAUCGCAGCCCCACCAAUACCACCACGCGCCAUCCUCGCAUGUGGCCUAUCCCACCCACAUCGACUCAUCGCCCAUUCAGCUGCCAGAGUGGUUACCACCUGUCACCUCCCAACAAUCAGAGCAGCAGCAGAAGGCAGGGGAGGAGGGCGGAAGCAGCAGCAGCAGCGGUGGUGGGUAUGACGGGCAGCAGAUGGUGACUCUCAUCAUGCCCUCCGUUGCUGCUUCCACCGCUCCCUCUUCCGCAUCUCUCCCCACAGCGUCUCCCAUUCAGCCGCGCAGCAUUCUCAAGCACGGCACUGCGUACCGUGCCGAGCAGGCAGCUGCACAGGCCGCCUCUGCUGCUGCAGCGGCCGCAGGGGGAGGAGGGGCAUACGGUGGGCAAUACGGAGGGCAGUACGGUGGGCAGUACGAAGGGGAAUACGGAGGGGCAGCAGGGGCGGUGAGCCAGGCAGCAACAGGAGGAUAUGGGUAUGAGGGUGCUGGGAACCUGGGUCUGCCUGUGGCGGCGCCCCUGCACCAGCCGUACCCCCCUCCCAUGGAGGCCCCCUUGCAAGUGCUGCCGCAGUUGCACCCGCCCCUUGCCAUCCAACAAGCACCAGCGCACGGGCAUGGGCAUGGGCAUGGGCAUGGGGGGCAGAUGGAGCAGCGGCAGCCGCACCCGUCUGAUGUGGCGGAUCCCAGGCCUGGGAAGGGCGGAGGGAAAAAGGGCAUCAAGGGAGUGCACAUUGUGAGUCGCACACCCACCUCGUGCCACCCACCUCGUGCCACUCACCUCGUGCCACCCACCUCAUGCCACUCCUGA